CUUUCUUGCUUGAUUUCCUUCUCAGUAGUUGCAAUCAUGUUCGAUUUUGAAUCUGGCAAUCGAUUGCUCAGCGCAAUGCAGGCUGCUCCACUCUUGGCAUUGUUAUACGGUGAUCCUAGCCUGCUGUCUGCAGCAGUCUUUGUUCUCGCUGCGCUAUACAGUCUUGUCCAGCUAGCACAACGCCGAACUUAUAUCCCCAUCAGAUGUGAAUUCCAGUUGCUGAGCAAAUUGGCUAUCGCAGGCACUUUGAUGGCACUGCAGCUGCAAGUAAAGCCGUCUAAUGAUGCAUCGCAGUCGACUAUGUCCACACAUGCAAUGAAGUUCUUGGAGUCUGCUUUGCUUUGUCUUUUAGUUCUUGUGUCUCACUGUUCUUCUCCUUCUCCAUCAUUCCUGCUAAGUGUCCAUCUACCCCUGGAAACUUUUCUUAGAGUUAGAUCAUUUUGGCUUUCUUCACCCAACACUUCGCCUGAGCUUGCGUCUAUAAUUCUCACAGUUAGUCUCCUUCUUCUGCACGAGCAACCAAAAUGGUCGCAAAUUCCAGAGGAAAAUCGACAACAUCUCCAAGAGCAGGAUACCCUUGGGCUAUGGACAAAAUCAGUCUUCCUUUGGGUAUUUCCAAUCUUACGUCGAGCUAGAGCUGGAGAGUUAACCUUGGACAUGUUGAUGAAACCACCCAAGGCAAGUAACCCGUUUGCUCUAAACGAACGAUUCCAAACCAGUUGGGCAAAAGACGGACAAAAGAAAAAUGCUCUGUUGAAGAUAUUUAUCAAAGCUCACUGGUCAAUCUUUCUUCGCGGUAGCAUUUCAGCACUUAUUGUGAAGGCUUUGAACCCUUGUCUUGCAUUUUUGAUUGAGCGCUUCAUCAGAACACUGGAAUUGAGGUACAACGAGACAGAUCCCUUAGUUAACUAUUCAGUGGAGGUUUAUCAGCUGACGUUGCAAAUGUUCUGCCUUCUUUUGGGCCUGAUGGCGAUGCGAGGCUCUUCUGCAUCUGCUGAUGCUGAGAUCAAAACUCGUCUCAGAGGUCUCAUCACCGUGACAUCAUUCAACAAACUGCUUUCGCUUUCCGACCAAGCCUUGUCAAAAUUCGCAGACUUUUCUUUGCUGCGCAACGAUUUAGUUGUUAUACAGAAUUGUGUCAAAGACUUUCAAGACAUCAGCACUAGUCUUCUUAGUGCGGUGUUUUGCUCUUGUAUAUUAUGGCAAUCUAUCGGUCUCAACAUGGUUGCAGCAAUACUUACAGCUCUUGGCUCAGUGAUACUGUGUGGCUUUUUGGGAGAGCAAGUAGCAGUUAGUCGACAGCAAUGGGGUCAAGACUCUAAGGCUCGCGUGACUGAGAGCGCCAAGCUUAUCCAAAGCAUCAAAUACGCGAAGAUGACUGGUGCCACUAACCUUACAACGCUUAUCCUGAAUCGAUUACAAAAAGCUGAAGCUACUAGUCGAAGUGUGUAUAUGAAGAAAAAUACUCUUCGCUUUACAUUCGUGGUAGCCACACACGCCAUCACGCCAAUUUUCGCCUUCGGAAGCGACCUUUUCAGGAGUGGGAAAUUAGACAAUAUUCCUCUUCUUCUUAAAAGCGUUGCUCUAAUCUACUGGUUCUCUGAAGAUUUAAUGCUAGUUCUCGAAAUCCCCGAGAUCUGGGCAACGGCUAUAUCAUCUUGUUCACGGGUCGAGGCUCUUCUGCGCACUACAGCACUUGAGAGUUCAGCCACACCGAUGAGGUAUCUUGAACCUGCAGAACAAAACCGUUUCACGCCAGCGAUUAAAUUCCAAAAUGUCAGUCUCGCGCCAGUUGCGGAUCGAGCACCCAUAUUGACUAAUGUGUCGUUGUCAAUUGUUCGUGGUAGCCUUUCGGUUCUUACUGGCGCGAUAGGUAGUGGGAAGACUCUCUUUGUCCGAGGCAUAAUUGGUCGCGCCCACAAAACGCAAGGCAUUAUAACUGUACAAGAUUCAGUGAUUGCCUAUUGUGGUCAAGAUGAGUGGCUUGUUAACGGAUCUGUCCGUCACAACAUUAUUGGGGAUAAUGCAUACGAUGACGCGUGGUACACCUCCGUUAUGACAGCCUGUGUCUUAACAGAAGACAUAACAUAUCUUGAAAAUGGUGAUGAAUUUGUUGUUACGUCACUCGGAACGAACAUGGAACCUGCAUUUCGACAAAGACUUGCACUGGCUAGAGCCGUCUACUCGCGGGCUCCGGUAGUUAUUUUAGACGACUUUCUAAGCAAUCAAACCCCAAUAACUUCAAGGCGCUUAGUUGCCCAGCUAUUUGCCUCGGGCGGACUAUUGGCCAAAGGUAGAACUAUUCUCGUCACAACAUCACAUCCCGAACCAUUUUAUGAUUUCUGUCGCGAGAUCUUACAUAUAAAUGAGCAUCGACACGUUGUGCGACGUCUUACCCCAAUGGAUCGCAGCCCACGUCCCCCCCAGAACUCAGACAAUGCCGAUCAAGACCAGAGUCGCAAUAGACACCUACCGGCACCAGGUGACCAUCCAGCGCCGGAGGGCAUUGCAUCUCAGUUGCGAAAUGUGUCUUCUGUUCCAUCUAAUUAUCAAGAGAUUUCCUACUCAGUCUAUCUGCGACAAUUCAAUUACUUGCUGCUUGCUGCUUGGCUGCUGAUGCUCUUCAUUACUACUUGUUUGGAAGCUACACCCCUCGUUUACCUUCGUUUCUGGCUUGGCGAUGUCGCACCGACCGAGUUUCCAUUUGUACGGUGCUUUGCGUUGACACUUUUGAGUGGACUUGCCUUUGGUCUCAGUGGAUACCUAUUUAAUCUGAAGUUAGCUACCAAGGCAGCACAGUCGCUUCAUGAUAGAUUUCUUCAUACAAUCAUCGGGUCAACAAUGCCUGCCUUGAGCUCGGGUAAACUGAAACUGGCGAUUGACUUAUUCAAUGAGAGUAUCAGCACAACAACAAGGGCCUUACCAAGCAGUGUAUUCCAAGUUGCAUACAGUUUCGUGACAAUGAUACAUAUGUUCGGCGUAAUGUCUUCAGUACACAAAUCAGGUUUAUUGAUGGCUGUUGGCAUCAUAUCGUCCCUAUGUGGUAUCCGGAACCUUUACUGCUAUGCUGCACAACAGCUGAAACGCUUACAGCUAAGUACAACUGACGACUUGCAUGGCUAUUUCGCCGAGACAGUCACAGGUGUUCCUCAUCUACAAUGCUUCCGUUCGCAGCGAUUGCAUAUGCAACGAGUGCGGAAAGCUAUCAUCAACACGCAGAUCGUGUCAUACAAUCUCGAUUCCUUGGAGGCCUGUAUGACAAUGAUGGCAGACAUGUCUACACUGUUACUUGUCACGUCGUUUGCUUACAUUCUGGGCCAUGGAGAUGUUCAUCCUCAUCUCGCCGGAUUAGUACUAGUACUACUUCUCUAUACAGUCCAGAUUCUUCCCAGCAGGAUCAAGCAAUGGCAUAACAUGGAUAUGGCUAUGCUUGACCUUCAGAAAGCUGAAGAAUUCAUCUAUACCACUCCUCAGAUAGAGCUGGAAGGGCAGAAACCAGCGCUGCCCAACAACUGGCCAACUCAAGGUCUCGUUGAGUUUGAGAAUGUCUCUAUUGGAUACAAUCCCGCGGUUAAUAACCAUGUUAUUACCAAUGCAACUUUUAGACUCGAGGGCGUCCAAAAGGCCGCAAUAUAUGGACCACGCCAAAGCGGUAAAACGACAUUGAUAUUGUCUAUGAUUUUACUCCUCCCUUAUGAAGGAUCCAUCAAAAUUGACGGUAUCGAAGCUCGGGACAUCCCCCGUGACAAGUUCAAACAGAUCUUUACCAUUAUACCGGAAUCCCCUGUUAUAUUCCCGUCUUGUUCGAUUCGUCAAAACUUGCUCACUGACGAAAUCAUUGAUCCUACUCGAGCAGAUGCCGCUCUCAACCCUGAUGGUAUCCGCUUCCUGUUUGACGACAACAUGGAUGAAAGGCUCACUUUGAUAACAAAAGUCCUCCAUGGAGUGGGAUUGUCAGACAUAGUUCGGAACUCUGGUGGUGUUGAUGCUAAGUUCUCAAAUCUUGUCCUAUCCCCAACACAGCGUCAAAAGUUUUCUCUUGCUCAAGGCUUGGCUAAACAUUAUGCAACGCGGACUAAGAUAGCCAUUAUUGACAGCACUACUAGUCACGUCAAUACAGAGGGACUGGAGCGCAUGACUUCGCUCAUCGAUGAGAUUUUAGGGGUAGACCCCGAUUGCAUGGUUAUCACGCUGGCCAGCCAUUCAGACGCAAUCGAAGGUUCACAAUACGUGGCUCGAAUUGCAGGUGGCAGAGUGGUCAAGUUCUUUGUUGAAAGCAUGCUUCACAGGAAGAAGACUUCAAAAAACAGAGUCUCAAAAAGAAGUCCAAAGAGUCCAGCUACGUUAAGCGAAGAAGAACUCGUGGGCAAGGUAGCAAGAAGAAGCGAACGAGGUGGGCAUGAGGGGGGACCGAGGCGGCGGACGCCGUCGCCCGCAUCUUCAUCGUCGUCUGAGGCUCCUCAGUUGGAUUCAAAUGCAGUGGCUGGCCCAAGUACAUUGCCGGCAUCACCGCCAAGGCCUUUAUCACCACAGUCGUCAUCGUCGGGUGCUCCAUCUCCUACUUUUAGCCUGACGCCAGAGACUUACAGCGCUCGCCGAGCAAGUCGCUCUACUGGAAGUGGACGGCAUCCCGAACCCCUCCCAGAGGCAUCUCCGUCCAGUAGACCACGAGUUGAACCAACCCGCCGUCGCAGAGGCCGAACAAUAAGACCAGCCCCAGUAGUCCUACCAAGAAGCCCCUCCAUAUCGGAUGACAGCGACGACGACACACCACCGGCAAUCCCUGGCUGGAUGGCUGACUUUGCAGAUGACUCCAUCAGCGAGUUAAGACGGCAUGAGUUGUAUACCCGAAUCUUUGAAUAUGGAAGCGUAAAGAUGGAACGGUUGUUACUUCGGCAUAGCCUACGGGACAAUGCGAUCUUGCAGCAUUUCCAUGCACUUCACCACAGUGACGAGCCUCAUAUUCUCCAACGGCAAGUAAGGGACAUUCAGACGGUGUCGGGCUUCUACCACAAACUACAGAGUGCAAUCGUGGUGGCGCGCUACGAGCGACAACAGGGGCGUUGCUAGAAUGUGUAUGGGUGGAGGAAUCUCUGGGUUUGUGAUUUCCUUUCAUUCUUUGCUUGUGCUCUCUUUCAUGCGUUUUACUACGCUGCAAUCUUUUCUUUCUGUAGCUUAGUUAUUUAUUUAGAUAUCCGGGUAGAGCCAGAAAUCCCUGUGGGCUCCAGAACUACACCCCUGCCUCUAUCUAGACAUCGGCGAAUGUUCCAAUAUUACAUACAGUCACAAUUCCAUCUCGACAGCGGCCCCCCUACAUGGGAAACAAACGAGGGUGGCACGGGAAAGCCACAGCGCCCUGGUCUCUCCCGAUGAUUGGAAGGAGGAAGGCGCAUUUCACAUGGAACUGGACGAUUUAGAUUCAACUCAACACAGAGGAAUACUGACCCUCAUAUUGAUACAAUCGCAUUGCGAUGAAAUCUGGGACUUCGUACAAGAGCACCAUCCCUCUCGAAACCCAGACCUCAAGGUAGAUAGACUGGCGCAGAUUGUGCAGCUUCAAAGAGCCAUACAGAGGUCACAGGCAGAUUCAGAAUUGUAUUCUGUUGGAUUUGUACUGCAAAACAUAUUAAUAACACGAUAUGUCUGUGUGCUACUCCAGAACACAAGGGCGCAAACAGCCUCAAAUCAAGGUGGACGGCAGAGUACCCGCGCCAGUAUUCCACUCACCCAUUAGCAAUAUCUAUAAAUAGUAAGGAAUCAAAUCAAAAAAUAAUUUUAAGCUACUAGAUCGAAAAGGAAGCCUUUUUGUGGCGCCUCAGCGAGAAGAGGAACACGGGGGGUCUGUGUACAGCGCCAGACGACCAAGAACAAAGCUAAGAACAAAUAGUCCAGCCCUUUCAUUCUACAAUAUCUAUAAAUAGAAUUGAACAGCCUUUUGUACCUUUAUGAGAAGAUAUCUAUGUACCGGUACUGCUCUGCAAGGAAACGCUGACAUCGAACAUGAGCCGACUGGUCUAAGUUGAGCCGAGAUGGGAAGACAGAGCGCCAGCAGAGGCGUCAAGCUCUCCGGUCCCUAACAAGAUAAGGACGACUGAUAUACUAUUCUGGGCGUGGGUAAAAAUAUGUAUUUCUUCAGUAAUUAAAGUGCACGGAAUUGCUGCCCAACGUAUCUGGCUACGAAGUGGGAGCGUAACCAUGUACUCGGCAGAGAAACAACAAGGAUACCUAUUUACAGCAUUAAGUCUGAUAGCCUGGCAUGUAUUCUGCAUGUGUGUUUGGCUCUGGCCGGUGCGUGAGCCAUCACCGGAGCCUCCACGGCAACAGAGUGGCAAGCCAGCGCAACCACCCAAGACAAGGCGAAUGUCACGACGGCCACGGCCCCGAAGAAGUAACCGAAUUGCAAGACAGUGGCGGAAGGCCCAAGCCAGAUCCAAAGGCAAACGCAGUAGUGCGAGGGGUGGAUAAUGAGAUCAUGCUCAGUACUGGUCGCGACAGAACGGAAAAGGGGUCUCCAAUUUAGUUCCUAGCAAUCUCGGCGCCUGCUCGAGAAAGAGGAGAACGAAUAUCGAUCCAACCUGGCAAGUAUAGUUAUAUCAUAUUGGCACCUCUGGUUAUUGUAGUUGAUGCCACUGCUAUUUACAAAAGUGGUAGUUUCAGGAAGGCCUUGGAAUUGGCGUUGAUUGCCAUCUGCUGUGUCCUGAAUCGUGGUCUGGGGCACAGCGAGGUGUUAGAGCCAGUUUUUAUGCUCGGGCAACAUAAUAUUGAGCUCACGCGUAUUAUCC